GCAAGGGGCGGGGCCUCUCGAGGUAGUAAUGAAUCUGCCCCCUCCCGGGGGAGUGCAGAGGAGCAUUAAUACAUCUACAAGCUAAAGAGGAAACUCUGGCUGGGGCAGUGCGCGGAGCUCCGGUUGUCGGUGGCGAGCGUCAGCGGUCCGAACGGCAGCGCCGGUGGCGGCUACGGCGGCAGCGGCACAACGGGCAAAAUACAAUAGAGGCAGCAACAGAAGGGAGCCCCGGUGGUCCUCUCUCCCAUAAACACACUCCCCUUCACCUUCCCCCAGCACCGCGCGCGGUGCCGCCCGGUGCCCGAGGCCGCUCGGACUGCUAUGUAACCGCGAGACUGCUGGAGGAAGGGGACCGGGGAGAAGAGGCUCGCCCGUGGGAGGCCGUGGGGGCCAAGUUUGCGGUCACUUCUGCACGCGCUUCCCUUAGCCCCCACUUGCCCCCUCCUGCAGCCCAACUGGCCCGGGUCCCUUCGCCUCCUCCUCGCGUGCCCAGCAGCCGCGGUUCCCGGCGACCAUGGUGACGGUGGAGGAGCUGCGGGAGAUGGACUGCAGCGUGCUCAAAAGGCUGAUGAACCGGGAAGAGAACGGCGGCGGCGCGGGCGGCAGCGGCAGCCACGGCGCCUUUGGGCUGUUGAGCGGCGGCAAGUGCCUGCUCCUGGACUGCAGACCGUUCCUGGCGCACAGCGCGGGCUACAUCCGAGGCUCGGUCAACGUGCGCUGCAACACCAUCGUGCGGCGGCGGGCCAAGGGCUCGGUGAGCCUGGAGCAGAUCCUGCCCGCGGAGGAGGAGGUGCGCGCCCGCCUGCGCUCCGGCCUCUACUCGGCGGUCAUAGUCUACGACGAGCGCAGCCCGCGCGCGGAGAGCCUCCGCGAAGACAGCACCGUGUCGCUGGUAGUGCAGGCGCUGCGCCGCUACGCCGAGCGCACUGACAUCUGCCUGCUCAAAGGUGGCUAUGAGAGGUUUUCUUCCGAGUACCCAGAAUUCUGUUCCAAAACGAAGGCCCUGGCAACCAUCCCACCUGCUGUUCCCCCCAGCACUGCUGAGUCCUUGGACGUGGGCUGUGGCUCCUGCGGAACCCCGCUGCACGACCAGGGGGGUCCUGUGGAGAUCCUUCCCUUCCUCUACCUCGGCAGUGCCUACCACGCUGCCCGGAGGGACAUGCUGGACGCGCUGGGGAUCACGGCCCUGUUGAAUGUCUCCUCCGAUUGCCCGAACCACUUUGAAGGCCACUAUCAGUACAAGUGCAUUCCCGUGGAAGACAACCACAAGGCAGACAUCAGCUCCUGGUUCAUGGAAGCCAUUGAGUACAUCGAUGCCGUGAAGGACUGCCGCGGCCGGGUGCUCGUGCACUGCCAGGCGGGCAUCUCGCGCUCGGCCACCAUCUGCCUGGCCUACCUGAUGAUGAAGAAGCGGGUGAGGCUGGAGGAGGCCUUCGAGUUCGUCAAGCAGCGGCGGAGCAUCAUCUCGCCCAACUUCAGCUUCAUGGGGCAGCUGCUGCAGUUCGAGUCGCAGGUGCUGGCCACGUCCUGCGCCGUGGAGGCCGCCAGCCCCUCGGGGCCCCUGCGGGAGCGGGGCAAGGCCACCCCCACCCCCACCUCGCAGUUUGUCUUCAGCUUCCCGGUGUCGGUGGGCGUGCACUCGGCCCCCAGCAGCCUGCCCUACCUGCACAGCCCCAUCACCACGUCCCCCAGCUGCUAGGGCCGCUCGGAGCCCCCCACCCCCACCCCGCGAGCCCGCCGGCCCCGCGGGGACUGACCAGCGUGGGGAGCAGGUGGCCGAGCUCCUCCCCCUUUGCUCCUCCUGGGCCAGCCUGGGGCCAGCUAGAAUGGCAAUAAGGACUUCGAAUACACCUACUACGAGCAAACAAAACACUCCAACCUAGAGCAAUAACGGCUGCGGCUGCCUCAGCGGGCAGGGAAGACCUUGGUUUGGUUUGUGUGUAUGUUACUUUUCAGAUAGGAAUUUCUUACCUCAUUUUUUUAAGCGGUAAGGCUUGAAGUUAGGAAACCCACAGAUCCUGGCAAAUGUGCCCACCCAGUUUUGUUAAGGUGGGGGGGAGGCGGGUGGGAGUGGGAAAGGGACAAAAAGAAAACAAGUUUGCCAGAAGUGCCUGGUUCUGUGUGCUUCGUCCUUUUUUUGUUCUUGUAACAGGUUUUUUUUUUUUUUUUUUUUUGGUUGUUUUUGUUUUUUGGUCGAUGUUUUGUUUGUGUUCUUUGACGAAAUCUUAUAGGACGUGGUUUUCCUUUUGAAGUCACCAACAGGUGAAUAAUUACGCUUCGUCAUAAAUAAAAGUAUUUAUUAAGAAUUUCCUCAGAGUAUGUAA